UAGAUACAUUCGUGCUUAUCACCAAUCAAAAAAUCGUGACAACUUCGACCCAUCAAAAAUCGAAAAGAAGUCGUCUUCCGAAACUUCUGACGAUGGUCGAUGUUUUUGUUUUAUCCCCAGUGCCCUCCAAAAGAAUGACAAAUGAUCCGAACUGCACUAGGUUUCGGUAAAUCGAUCGGAAGGAUACAACCCACAUUGAAGUCUCUGCCAUUGUCAAUCCCAAAACAGAAAUGAAAGACCUUUGCUCCGAAGCACACAACAACCAGAGCCCCAAUGCUUCAAACAUGUCCUACUCGUUGAGAUCUCCUCGCCGCUGUGCUCUCGGAAGCGUUGCAUGGUUGCUGCUGGCGGUGCUUGUCGUCUCCCAUUCAUCAGUCGAGAAGAAUCUUCCCAGUGGGAACCAUAUUUUUCCAGCAUUGGCUGUUUCGGCGUUUCAACAAAGUACACCGAUCGGAUAUAGAACUAGCAGCAGCACCGGUGCCCUCUCGCGUUCCCGGCUAGCACUCGCCGACAAUUCGCGGUCGACCUCCGUAGAUUUUUCCUUGUCACCCACAUCGGACACGGCGAAGCGCAUAGUUCGCGAGAAUCUGGGGUUGACCUCCAAGCAAUAUCAAGAACUGGCCAAGCUAGCAGUAUUGGUUGACGACUGGAACACCCGCGUCAAUCUUAUUUCCCGGAAGGACUGCUCCCCGGAAGUCGUUUUUGGCAGGCACAUAUUGCCGAGCUUGGCCCCUCUGGCUCUGACGUCGUCUCUGACUGACGACAACGACGAAGAAAGUGCGUGCGCCCCCUUGGAACUGUCCGCUGGUCAGAGGGUGUGCGAUGUCGGAACCGGGGGGGGCUUCCCCGGGUUACCGCUUGCCAUCGCUUUCCCCGACGUUGAGUUCUUGUUGGUGGAUAGCGUGGGAAAAAAGAUCACCGCGGUUCAGGACAUGGCUGACCAACUCGGCCUCAAGAACGUCAAGACGUACCACGGACGAGCCGAGUCCAUUUCGGGAGACUUUGCGUGGGUUACCGGGCGCAGCGUGUCAGCGCUGCCGAGCUUUUGCUUCUGGAUCCACCACCUGCUCGAAAAGAAGAAUGGCCGCCUGGUCUAUUUGAUUGGCGGAGAAAUCGAUGAGGACAUUCUAGAGGAAGCGAUCGUGGACGAAGAGAUCGAGGAGCUCCUCGAUGUCCCCGGCGUCUCCGACAAGCGUGUCCUUGUCUUUCCCAAACCAGCGGUCGAUUUCCUGGCCGAGGUGAGCGGCGAGACGCUGAAGGUUCCCAAGCGGGGCGGGGCGGGCAAGCAUGGCGUCAACAGAAAGCAACAACGCGGCAAAAAGGAAGCCGGUUCGCAGCAGCGAAAAAAGAAGAAUGACGCCAAGGGACAAUGGGCGAAAAGAGACUCGUCGACCCCGAAGCAGCGAGGGUACAGCAAUUUCAAGCGCUUCGACAGCCUCGAGAACUAGUACGGCAAUAAACUACUAGUGAUGAAUUUGAUUUGGACGUAGAGCAUUUUCUUAAUAUUUUAAUUGCCUAAAGAGGAAAACAAACAAUAUGAAUGGUUCUUAGUUUCUCUCGAGGUUGCUCUGCAAUGUAAUAUAAUCGACAUCUCCGA